GCACUAAUUCUUUUCACCGCGACCGCAUUGAAUUGGUCUCCGAUGCAAGCCAAAACGCAACAGACGGAGGUGCAGGCACCUUAGUGCCCCCAAAUGACAUGUCUACACGGUUGUCGAACGCCUUGAUUACCGAAUCAUCGGACUCUGUGAACUCUAGUCCUUCACUGGAUACGGAGAGCAGAGAUCCUACUCCUAUGUCGUCUAUCUCCCCAGACGCUAUGAACUUGGACAUCGUGGAUGCGCCAAUACCAAAUCAAAUUCCAGGUCUGAUGGUAAUAUCUCGACAGCAUAGUGGUUCAACGCCAAGUAUGCAUACUGUCGAGCCAUUAGCCUUACCUGAUGAUAAAUUUAUGUGCCCACGAUGUCCAAGAGAAUUCAAGUCGUUAGCAAGAGCUAGGCAACAUAUCCGAACAUUCCGCCACCGCCAUUCCUGCACUGUUCCUGGUUGCAGGUGGAGCUUCGAGGCUCCCAAAGAUCUUGAACGUCACUUACCCACCCACGACGCUGGAUCUCGAGAAGUGCUGACCUGCCCGGUUGCAGGUUGCCGCUCGAGACGUCCUGGGACAUUUAGUCGUCAUGAUCUACUAGAACGGCAUAUGCGGAAUUUCCACCCAUGAUAUCCUUAAUACAGAUUGGAAAUAGGAUACAAGUUCUGUGUUAUAAGAUAUUACGUCAUCGUUGGUCUGUUUCAAGACGGCCACGUAUGUUAUUGAGAGGAAUUUAUAG